AUGCAGGAGGAGUUGCCGUCCUACUACUACACAUCCACAGACUGGCCGCUCGAUCACUACCACGCCGUGGCCGCCGCCCUCCGCGAAGUCAUGGAGACUCCUGCCGUCCCGACCUCGUCGAGAACUUUCCCAGAGCCGCAUCUUCCGCUCCGGAGAGCUUCGGCUCGGACGCUGCAGCAGCAGCAGCAGGCGAAACAACGGGGAGCGCCUACACCUUUGUGGGUGGAGAGGCAGCAGGGGGUGAGAGGGUUCAGUCCUAGUCCCGUGCAGGCCAUGCCGAGGGUUGAUAACGUGCAGGCGAGCUCGGAGCAUGCGUUUGCAGGGAGGGAAGAGGGGAGGAGGAGGUUUAGACCGCCGCUGGGGGUGGGGAAUAUGGCGAGGCCGGGGGGUAUGGUGGAUGGGGGAGAGAGACGGCAGUACAUUGAGCGUCCGGCGACGGCAGAGGUGGAGGAUGAUGGGAGUAAGCCUCCGUCGUCGCCAUUGCUUUCGCCGCCUGGAACACCCCGGUCACAGCAGCAGAAGCUGAGGAGCUCGAAAUCGUUGGGAGAUGGAUUACGAGGGUGGAAGAAUCGCUUUUCAGCGCCGAACAAGAAGGCACCCCAAGAAGCAGAGAGGGAUACAAUGUACUCCGUGCCCGUGAUGCGACCGAGCAGAACGCCGAACGAGGAGGUUAGGAGCUCGUUUAGGUCGGCGUUGACGAGCAGUUCGAGCUACAUGAACACGAGCAGUAUCCAUACCGACUAUAGCAGCAUGACCGGGAACAGCUCGCACAGUGAUUUUGUCAAGAUCUAUCCAAACUGGCCUGAAGGCGAUCAUGAGGACCUAAGGGGUGGCGAUCAAUAUGGAGAGGACGUGGAGGGCAUGAUGAGCGUCGAGGAUGCCAUCGGGAUGUACGCAGAUGGCUUCUCGAGUGCAAAGCACAGCAUGGAUACGCAGGGCAAGCGAUCGCUCCAGACCGCCCGACCGACCUCACAACCUUCAGCAGCUCCUUCUCCGGAGAGGAAGAAGAGGCCAGACUACAGCCAUCGUCGUAGCCGGAGUGCCGGUCUACUGACUCGCGUUCAACAAUAUAAAGAUGACCAACUCGCAGUGCCAAGCAGACCCGAGACCUCACAUCAUGCGAAGACUUUUUCAAAAAUCCUCAAUGGACCAGCAACCUCCUCCGUCGACCCGACAGCGGCCAUGGCCACCUUCACCGCCUCCCGCGACCGCUACGGGUUCAAGAAGGCCUCUCACCACGUCACCGUCGAGGCCUACGACGCCUGGAACGCCACAUACACCAAACACCUUGACCGCCGCAGCAAGAAAUGGCACGCCCUGAUGAAGUCGUACGGGCUCGCCACCGACAAGCCGUACCGCUUCCCACCGAAGAGUGACAAAGUCAAAAGGUACGUUCGUAAAGGUAUUCCUCCCGAGUUUCGUGGCGCGGCAUGGUUUUGGUACGCAGGCGGGCCGGGCAAAUUAGCGAAGGAGCCGGGACUGUACUUUGAGGUGCUGGAGCACGUGAGGAAUGGGGCGUUGAGCGAGAAUGAUCGAGAACAUAUUGAGAGGGACUUGAAUCGGACGUUUCCCGACAAUGUGCGCUUCAAGCCGGAUCCGACGACUACGCUGGAUGCACAGGCUGGAGCCGGGGGUGGCGUGGCGACUACCAACGGCAACAAAAGGAAAUCGAAUCGCCCUGAACCCGAGACACCUAUCGUGCAGGCUCUGCGCCGAGUCCUGCAAGCCUUCGCAGUCAACAACCCAGGCAUCGGCUACUGCCAAUCGCUCAACUUCAUCGCCGGCCUCCUCCUCCUCUUCCUCGACGGCGACGAAGAGAAGUCCUUCGUCCUCCUCACCAUCAUCACCACCCAACACCUCCCCGGCACCCACGGCGUUGCGCUGGAGGGCGCCAACAUCGACAUCGCCGUCCUCAUGAGCUGCAUCAAAGACUCCCUCCCCGCCAUCUGGGCCAAGCUCGACGACAAAGGCUCUUCCGCCCUCAUUGGCGCCGCCACGCAAGCGCUUCGUCUCCCGACCGUCAGUCUCGCCACUACUGCCUGGUUCAUGUCCCUCUUCGUCGGCACCCUCCCGAUCGAAUCCGUCUUACGAGUCUGGGACUGUCUGUUCUUCGAGGGCUCGAAGACGCUCUUCCGUAUCGCGCUGGCGAUUUUCAAGCUCGGGGAGAAGAGUAUCCUGGGCGUGAGCGAUCCGAUGGAGAUUUUCCAGGUCGUGCAGACGAUUCCGAGGAGUAUGUUGGAUGUGAAUGCGUUGAUGGAGGUGUGUUUUAAGCGGCGGGGUGGGUUUGGGCAUGUGAGUCAGGAGGUUAUUGAGGGGAGAAGGGAGGAGAGGCGGAAGGAGGUUAGGGAGGGGGUGGUGGAGGUUGAGGGAAGGAAGGGGUGGAGGAGGUUGGUUGGGAGGGCGAAGACGGUGGGGCCGGAGUGA